AUGAUGCGUAUGAGGACCCGAGCAACAGAGCUGACUUCCAUGGACAGGAGUUCAGUCCCCGGUGACAAUGAAUGGGAGGUCCGGCCAGGAGGAAUGUUGGUUCAGAAGAGAGACCCAGAUGCAGAAAUCGACCGUAUUCCUCCACCAACCAUUAGAGUUCGGGUCAAAUACGGGUCGAUUUACCAUGAAAUCAACAUCAACUCUCAAGCCACAUUUGGGGAGUUGAAGAAGAUGUUAUCUGGGCCAACAGGAUUACACCAUGAAGAUCAGAAACUCAUGUACAAAGAUAAAGUAAGGGAUUCCAAAUCAUAUCUUGAUGUGGUGGGUGUCAAAGAUCGAUCAAAAAUGGUGGUGGUGGAAGAUCCAAUUAGCCAAGAGAAAAGGCAUCUGGAGAUGAGAAAGAAUGCAAAGAUGGAGAAAGCUGCUAAAUCCAUCUCAGACAUUAGCUUAGAGGUCGAUAGGCUUGCUGGUCAGGUGUCAGCGAUUGAAUCGGUUAUCUCUAAAGGAGGGAAAGUGGCAGAGAAGACUCUGUUGAAUCUGACCGAAUUAUUGAUGAAUCAACUGCUUAAACUAGAUGGAAUUACAGUCGAUGGUGAUGUAAAAUUGCAGAGGAAAAUGCAGGUGAAAAGGGUUCAGGAGUAUGUUGAAACUCUGGAUGUUUUGAAGCUUAAAAACUCAACUGCAAGCCACACUGGGAAUCAUGUUCAAGAACACAAAGAUCCAACUCAACCUCAAUCAAGGCGGACAAUUGGGAAUUCUUCAUCUACACCGGUGGUGGAUCAACAUCAACCAGCAGUUAUGGUAACAACACAAUGGGAGAUUUUUGAUUCAUUGGCUGCUCCAACAUCAACAGCAACCAUCCACAAUACAGUCAAUCCCACAUUUAAUUGGGAUUUGAUCUAAACUAAUAAAAAAGAACUUGCAUAUGUGUUGUAUUGUGUGAAAUGUGUGCUUCUUUAAUUUUUCCAGGUUGGUUUGGCAUUUAUACUCCAUUCUUUUCUGUACCUAGAGAUUCUUGUUGGCAUCUUCUCUUUUUAUGCCAACAUUAUUAUUGCUUUGGUAUCUUGAUGAAUAUAUGACAAUUGUCACAUACCU